AACCUAAAAUUUAACGUCAAACUCAACAUAACCUCAAAUUUUGACGUGCAUUAAUGUAAUAAUGAAAUCUUUCGAAAAUCUCAAUAUAGAUCCUUGGCUUCUUCGUCAAUGUACAAAAAUAGGUGUUUUAAAUCCAACACCUGUUCAAGAAAAUUGCAUUCCAAAGAUUUUAAGUGGUCAAGAUUGUAUUGGAGCUGCAAAAACAGGGAGUGGAAAAACUUUAGCGUUUGCUUUACCAAUUUUGCAAACUUUAGCUAAUGACCCAUAUGGUAUUUUUGCGUUAAUUCUAACUCCUGUUCGUGAGUUAGCUUUCCAAAUAGCCGAUCAAUUUAAUGUGUUGGGAAAACCGCUUAAUUUAAGAUGCGCUGUAAUUGUUGGGGGUAUGGACAUGGUUUUGCAAGGGCAAGAGUUAUCGAAAAGGCCCCAUAUAGUAGUGGCAACACCUGGUAGAUUAGCUGAUCACCUCGAAAGUUGUAACACUUUUAGUUUGGGUAAAAUAAAAUAUUUGGUUCUGGAUGAAGCCGAUCGACUUUUAAGUGGUCAAUUUGAAGAGCAAAUGGCGACAAUUUUUCGUGUUUUACCAAAAAAUAGACAAAAUUUAUUUUUUUCUGCUACCAUAUCAGACUCAUUAAAGACAUUUAAAGAGAUUGCUAAAACUGAUGUGUUUUUAUAUGAAACACCUGAAGAAGUAGCUACUGUAGAUGAACUAGAUCAAUUUUAUGUGUUAUGCCCUAAAGAUAUUCGAGAUGGAUACUUUGUUGAAACAAUACGGAGUUACAGAGCUAAAGACCCAGAUGGAAAUAUCAUGAUUUUCGUCGAUUCUUGCAAAAAAUGUCAGGUUUUAUCAAUGAUGUUAAAUGAUGUUGGUUUUGAAAAUGUAUCUUUACAUGCAAUGAUUUCCCAAUCACAAAGACUAGCUGCUUUAGCUAGAUUUAAAUCGAAUACAGUCAAAAUUUUAAUUGCAACGGAUGUAGCCGCCAGAGGUCUUGAUAUUCCAAGUGUGCAACUUGUAAUUAAUCAUACAAUUCCAAAAAUACCCAAAGAAUAUAUCCAUAGAGUGGGUAGAACAGCAAGAGCUGGUAGAAAAGGUGUUGCUAUAACACUAAUGAGUCAAUAUGAUGUUGAAUUAUUACAUAAAGUAGAAGAUUUUAUUAAUAUAAAGUUAAAAGAGUACAAAGUUAAUGAUGCUGAGGUGGGUAAAAUUUUUACUCAAAUUGCUGUAUCGAAAGGUGAAGCUCAUAUUACGUUAGACGAAAAAGAUUUUUUUGAAAAAAAGAUGAUCAAUAAGAGGAAAAAGUGGAUUUUGGGGGGUUUAGAUCCCGAUGAAGAGGAAAGGAAAUAUUUUAAGAAAGAUUUAAAGAGAAGAAGGAAAGAUAAUAAGAAAAAGAAGGAUGAUGUUGUUAGUGUUGAUAGAGAAUAAAUCGAUUUAAAACAAU